AUACAUGUACGUAGUUCGUUGAAAUCGGGCGUUCGUGGCGAGAUCGGUGACGUGAUGUUGUGUGGUACACAGGGAUGUUGGGACCCAGAGGAACCGGUGGCGCCGACGUCGUCGUCGUCGUCGGUAGCGGUGGUGGUAGCGGCCGCAGCUGCGGUGGCGGCAGCAGCGCUGGAAAGGUUUGCGAGAGAGAGGCGAAAGAUGUAUAGAAAAUCCUGGCGGCGGGCUGGGCGUCGCGGGGCGGUGAAUGACGUCACGUUGCUAAAGCGACGCAGCAACGCGAGGCGUCUGCGUGGGUCGGUUGGGAGUCUGGGGGUCCUGGAUCAAUAGCGCUAGCAACCAGGUAGUAGGUAUGGGUGCAUGUAGCUUUCUCCACGGUGGCAGUCCAGGAGACGAACCUCACGAGGUAGGACACUUUACGAGUCGAGCGAGAGAGAGAUAGAGAGAGAGAGAGAGAGAGAAAGAGAGAGAGAGAGGAGAGAGAUAGUUAGAUAGAUAGAGAGAGAAAGAAAGAGAGAGAGAGAGAGAGAGGGAGAGAGUUCGGCGGCCUGUCAGAGUGUCGUGCCGAAGAAGAGCCACGCUAUGCCAGUAAUCGAGCGUAGCUGCGGGGUGUCCAGCAUCUAGGAUUGUCAGCCUCUCCAGGCCGGCGCAAUGUGGCCUGGAGUACCACUAUUACUGGUGUUACUAGCGGUGCUGCUGCAUCCAUCGAGAUGUACGCAGCCAAAAGUGAACUUUCGGGAGAAAGAGAAGCAAGUGCUCGACAACAUCCUAGGACCAGGCCGAUACGAUGCGCGCAUCCGGCCGAGCGGGGAGAACGGAACAGAUGGGCCCGCGGUUGUCCGCGUCAACAUAUUUGUUCGAAGUAUCUCAAAAAUAGAUGACGUUACUAUGGAAUACUCCGUACAAUUAACAUUUCGGGAACAAUGGUUGGAUGAGAGAUUACGGUUUAAUGACUUCGGAGGUAAACUUAAAUAUUUAACCCUGACGGAGGCUAGCCGCGUCUGGAUGCCAGAUUUGUUCUUCUCGAAUGAGAAGGAGGGUCACUUCCACAACAUCAUUAUGCCGAACGUAUACAUACGAAUUUUCCCGCAUGGCUCGGUUCUUUAUAGUAUACGGAUAUCCUUGACGCUCUCGUGUCCCAUGAAUUUGAAACUGUAUCCCCUGGAUCGACAAACUUGUUCACUUCGCAUGGCGAGUUACGGAUGGACGACGGACGAUUUGGUCUUUCUCUGGAAGGAAGGCGACCCCGUUCAAGUGGUUAAGAAUUUACACCUACCCAGGUUCACCCUCGAGAAAUUCCUCACGGACUACUGCAAUAGCAAGACGAACACCGGAGAGUACAGUUGCUUGAAAGUGGACCUGCUCUUCAAGAGAGAAUUCAGUUACUAUCUCAUUCAAAUCUACAUCCCAUGCUGUAUGCUCGUUAUCGUGUCCUGGGUGUCUUUCUGGCUGGAUCAGAGCGCCGUGCCUGCCCGGGUGUCACUAGGCGUUACGACACUGCUGACAAUGGCCACACAGACAUCGGGGAUAAACGCCUCACUGCCACCGGUCUCCUACACGAAGGCUAUCGACGUUUGGACAGGAGUGUGCUUGACCUUCGUGUUCGGUGCACUACUUGAAUUCGCGCUGGUCAACUACGCGUCGCGUAGCGACAUGCACAGCGACAACAUAAAGAAGCAGUUUCCACAGAACGAGAUGGAACAUUCGUCGUCGAUUGAUCCGUCUUCGGAAUUGCUCGAGCCGGAUGGAUCCGCCAACUUCGCUAUGCAACAGCAGACUCACGGCAGCAAUCCGUCGAUGACACAACAUCAUUCGCUGCCGCGUACGUAUCAGCAGGACCAUCAUCAUCAGCAGCAGCAGCAGCAGCAUCACCACCAUCAUCAGUUACAUCGUCAUCAGCGUUAUCAUCCGAAUCGUUCGCCGUCGCCGACUUUCUCGCUGCUGAACGACGAAGACUGCGUCGCCGGCCGAUGCUCGCCGAUGAAAGCACAGCGACAUCACUCGCAUAGGAGCUCGACGAGGUCGUCACCGUCGCGAUGGCCUUCGCCGGCGUCCUCGGCGUCGCCUCUGGAUACGCCGUUGCGUGCCGCAACGCCUUCGCCGCCGAUCGCGGUACCGAUUUCGUCCACGACACCGCUGCCGAUGUCGGCUACGGUGACGUCGAAAACACGCUACUGGCUGAGGAAAUUGCUUUUAUGUGGAUAUCCGGAUGAUGCCCGAGGCAGCGCGAGAAUCGACUACAUUGCGCGCUAUGCCUUCCCAUUCAUGUUCAUUCUCUUCAACGUCUUGUACUGGUGUAUUUAUACGGGUCACGAAGGCGACAACAUCAAUAUAGAAAAGUGAAGAAGGAUAGCGUAUACAAAAUUAUGUAUACGAUACCAAGCCGAGUGCGAUCCGUCAAGUUGGAUAAAUCCUUGAAGAAACAAGCCGAGGCAAACUUUUUACGAGCUCCGAUUAUAAGAUACAUUAAAUAUCAACGAUAUUUUGCAAAUCAGAACUACGUUUGCUUGACAAGGACCGACCGGAGGCACCUCGACGUGGAGAUCAAUCUUCACUGUUCGCGCCUGAAACGGAAAUAUUCCAGGACGAGGAUCACUCUAAGGCAACGAGGAUGUUAGCGACGUUUCAGUACACAUCUCGCGACGGUCGAAAUGAUGAGAACGAUGAAAUGUAACAUCUUAAUUGCGUAUUAUAUCUCACACACA